AUGAAGAAUGUGCGAUUCUUAAAUAUUCAGGAUCUUGAUGGUGGUUUUGAAAAAAGAAAAAGUUCUCUAUCACAGGACUUAAUUAGAAACGGGGAUAGUGUUUCAAUGACGAUGUUAUUGGGGAGUGUCAAGUUAACAAAAAAAGUUGAUUUGAUAUCCGUGCAUGUAAUAAAUGAGAAUGAUUUUCUGUAUCAUUGCAGCAGUUUAUAA